CGGCCUUUGUCUCACUUCAGCCAGAGUGCGGGGUUAGGGCUGCAUUUGCUCUGUGUCCUUUGCUCCGGGAGGCCUCGGUGAUUCUGCUACUGCCUCCAUCGCUCUGUGACCUGCUGGCAUUGAAUGAUUUAUUGCUAAGACUCCAGGACACCCCUGAAGCCGAGAAAUGGAACUCUUAACAUUCAGGGAUGUGGCCAUAGAAUUCUCUCCAGAAGAGUGGAAAUGCCUGGACCCUGCCCAGCAGAAUUUAUAUAGAGAUGUGAUGUUGGAGAACUACAGAAACCUGGUCUCCCUGGCUGUGUAUUCUUAUUACAAGCAAGGCAUUGUACCAGAGCAAGGCAUAGAAGAUUCAUUCAAAAAAGCAACACUGGGAAGAUAUGGGAGCUGUGGCCUUGAAAAUAUAUGCUUAUGGAAAAACUGGGAAAGUGUAGGUGAAGAUGAAGGACAAAAAGAAUGUUAUAAUCUAUGUAGCCAAUAUUUGACAACUAGUCAUAACAAACAUUUAACUGUGAAAGGAGACAACGAACAUAGAAUAUUUCAGAAGAAGCCUCAGUUUCUGUCAGCUGCUCCUACAGAACCAUGUAUUCCUAUGAGUAAAUAUCAACAUCAAUUUUUGAAAUCUGUCUUUUGUAAUAAAAAUCAGGUAAACUUUAACCAUGACUCAAAUAUUAGUAAACAUCAUAGUACUCAUUUUCUAGAAAACUAUUACAAUUGUAAUGAAUGUAAGAAAGUAUUUUACCAAUCCUCAAAGCUUAUUUUCCCUGAAAAUAUCCAUAUUCAAGAAAAGCCUUACAACUCUAACGAAUGUGGUGAAACUUCUGACCCAUUCUCAAAACUUACUCAACAUCAAAGAAUUUAUAUUGGAGGGAGCUCACAAAGAUGUAAUAAAAAAUGUAUAAUAGUCUUUAGUCAAUCACAUCUAAAGAGACGUAAGAUAAUUAACACUGGAGAGAAAUCAGUGAAAUGUAAAGAAUGUGGCAAAGCUUUUACCAGGGGCUUACAUCUUGGACAUCAGAAAAUUUAUACUGGAGAGAAACCUUACAAAUGUAAAAAAUGUGACAAAGCCUUUAACAAGAGCUCACACCUUGCUCAACAUCAGAGAAUCCAUACUGGAGAGAAACCUUUCAAGUGUAAGGAAUGUGGCAAAGCUUUUAACAGAGGCUCAUACCUUACUCAACAUCAGAGAAUCCAUACUGGAGAGAGAGCUUUCAGAUGUAAAGAAUGUGGCAAAGCCUUUAACAGGGGGUCAUACCUUACUGAACACCAGAGAAUCCAUACCGGAGAGAAACCUUUCAAAUGUAAGGAAUGUGGCAAAGCCUUUAAUAGAAGCUCAUACGUUACUCAGCAUCAGAGAAUGCAUACUGGAGAGAAACCUUUCAAGUGUAAGGAAUGUGGCAAAGCUUUUAACAGAGCUUCACACCUUACUCAACAUCAGAGAAUCCAUACUGGAGAGAAACACUUCAAAUGUAAAGAAUGUGGCAAAGCCUUUAACAGGGGCUCACACCUUACUCGACAUCAGAGAAUCCAUGCUGGAGAGAAGUCUUUCAAAUGUAAAGAAUGUGGCAAAGCUUUUAUCUGGGGCUCACACCUUACUCAACAUCAGAGAAUACAUACUGGAGAGAAAUUCUUCAAAUGUAAAGAAUGUGGCAAAGCUUUUACCAGGAGCUCACACCUUACUCAACAUCAGAGAAUUCAUACCGGAGAGAAACCUUUCAAAUGUAAAGAAUGUGGCAAAGCUUUUAACAGACGCUCAACCCUUACUCAACAUCAAAUAAUUCAUACCAGGUAGAAACCCUGCAAGUGUAAAGAAUGUGCUAAAACCCUGAACUGGUGCUCACACCUUACUCAACAUUAGAAAAUCAAUACUGGAUAGAAAUCCCAUAUGUGUAAUGAUUUUUGAAACAUCAAAAUGAAGUCUAAAUAAAAAUCAGAAGUAUCACUUUAGGAAGAACUAAGGUGCUAGCACUUCUGUAAAUUACUCUGAAUCUGUGUUUAUUAUAACAAAUAAUUCAAACUCACUUAGAUAAUUAAAUUGUAUGUAUAAAAAGAGUGACGACAUUGAUGGAGAGGCAUAAUUAUAUUGUGUUCACUUAUUUUUGUAAUCACAGUAUUCAUGAUUGAGAAAGUAUUAUUGAUGUAAUUAAAUUCAAAUUAACCUUUUUUAUCCCACUGUGGUUGAUUAUUGCUGUCUCUGACAUGAGAGUCCCUUCUAUGUUAGGUAGGCAUCAUUCACAUGUCUCAUUCACAUGUCAUCAUUCACAUGUCUCAUGACAUCAUUCACAAGUCUCCCAUGGAAGACUAAGAGCAUUGGCAUAUAGGAUGUAUGAUGAAAUCUAAAUGGAGUUGCUCUUUUUGUUUGACUUACAACAGUGAAUAUAAGUCAUAUAUGAGUUAGGUGUUCAGAAUAUUAUUGUUCUGCAUUAAAGUGUGAGACAGAAACACUGAGUUUUAGAUAUGAAUAGUUUUACCAACUACCCAUUAAAAAGUCUUGCUAGUCCAUUAAUAUUCUAAUGUAUCUUCAUAGCAGCAAGUUAGAAGUCCUGAAUAUUACUGUGAUAACAAUAAAGAAAUCAUCACAAAUAUCAGAGAAUGGUGCAAAUAACUUCUCUCUGGUAGAACAUAGAUUAUUAAUUCAAUCCUCUAAAUGCUUAGGCUCAGUUUAAGAAAAGAGAGAACACAUUUUUUUUAACAUAGGUCAUGGUAUCAGAAUAAGAAUGCUUUUUGAAUGUUUGCAGUCUGUAAUUUUGAUGAUUGAGGAAACAGCAGAUUUUGAAAUGCUUUAUUCAGUCUGUAAACUUAAUUUGUUUUUAAGAAUAAAAUGAAAUGUCUUUUAAUUUGUUAA